AUGGUUUAUUAUAAUUACUCUUCUGGUUCUAGUCAAGGAAGUGACAAAGUGUGUCAAAACAGCCUUCCUGUGUUUGAUGAAGAUAAAGGGUGGAAGUAUUCAAACUCCAGAAUUUACCAUGUCUCUACUGAGAAGAUGACCUGGGAUGAGGGAAGAAAAGCCUGUAAAGAAAAAGAAGCAGACCUGGUGAUCAUAAACAGCAGAGAGGAACAGAUACUGGUUACUGGUUUGACCAAAAAUCAAAAUGCUUGGAUCGGUCUGACUGAUGGGGACUCAGAGGGGGUCUGGAAAUGGGUGGAUGACUCAGCACUGACCACUGGGUUCUGGAGAAGUGGGGAGCCCAACAGUUAUGCUGGAGAUGAGGACUGUGUCGUAACUGGCUAUGGGUCCGAUCCUGUAAAUAACUGGGCUGAUUAUCCCUGUAGUGACCGUUUUAUCUGGGUCUGUGAGAGACCUUUUGACUCAGGUUACCAGCCACCCAAAGGUGACACAUAG